AUGGACAAGUUCUUCAAGUCUCGCGAUAUUACCAUCUCUCCAGCGUUUUCGUGUAUUUGCUGGUUAAAGUCAGUCGCUGCGUUGCAAGGAGAUGGAGGACUCGGUCGUAAUACGAAGUUAACCUUGAAGCACGCGGCAGAUCUCACGACUAAAUUCGAUGUGACCGUGGCUAAGGGAGCAGUUCAGGCUGUUAACAAGCAGCUUCACUGCUUUUAUCAGUACUAUGCCACGGCUAUUCGAAGGUCGGGCCAGGAUUCCCAUCUAGCUCACACGAACCCGAUAGUGGCGGGCCUGAUGAUGCUGGAUCACCAUUUCGAGUACCUGGAUUUGGCAAGUGAACUGAUUGUGGUAACGUCGAAGUUGCAUUUCUUUGGGCAUCUCUACAACGCGCUGGUGGUCGAAGGGUUUCUCUCGAAGUUGCCGUUUGUUGAGGAAAUAUUGGAUAUUUACGAUAAAAUGAUUUUCACGCCUUCCAGAGCUGCAGCUACGCGUGGCGCUUACUACCGCACGUACCUAUUGAGUUCAUCCCUGAAAGCUACUGCACUAGAAGCAACAAUUCGAGGAGAUCGCACAGCCAAUGGGUCCGGCAAGAUGAAGCGAAGACCGGUGUUCUUUUUGAAGGAUGUGUCCAAGAUAUUUCGGCUAUUGACUAAGGGCGAUACGUCGUUUUUACGGGCUGGUUCGUCGAGGGAUUUGCUUACUAGCGCCGCCCGCAUUUGCUCAGAAGAACUGUUCGAGACCCGCGUAUUGUCUCGAGAUAUGCUG